UGCCUUCAGUUUGAUCCUGAAGGAGCUCCAGCUGGAGACCUUGAACUGCUCUUGGAUUUUUUUCCCCUUAGAACUACCACAUGGGGUGUGCCUGGUUUAGUCCUGCCCCCUCACCUGGGGCUCAGGUGCAUAGACAGGAAGUGCGCUUCCCCUCCCAGGUGAGUGACUAAACUUUCCGGGUCACGUGAGCGGGUGGAGUCGGCCGAAGACGACUGUGGGACUGAAGGACCGACUGCCGGGGAGAGGACCGGAGCUGAAAGCUGGCGCCAGUAGCCUGCGAUGAGAUAGCCACUGGAGGAUCCUGCAGUUUGGGAGCGGGAGCCAGGUCAGCAGCAGCAUAGGCCUGGUUCGGUUCCCCAGGGUCCCAUGGAGAGCAGCCCUGGCCUGAGCUUGUGCUUGGCACUGAGCCUGCAGCUAUUGAGCCCCCAGCCCGCUUUGACCCAUGUUUCUAGAUACACUGAGCAUGAAAGCAACACUACCACUCCUUCUACAGCACCACCAGACAGCGGGGCCCUGUCCCAGGGUGCAGUCACAGCCAUCAUCACUGUAUUCUCAAUCCUGGGUAUCCUCCUCCUGGUAGUGGCACUGGUCCUGCUGGGUCGGAAACUUCGAGAGAAACGACAGACAGAGGGCACCUAUCGGCCCAGCAGUGAAGAGCAGUUGUCCCACGCGGCUGAGGCAGCCCCAGGUCCCCAGGACUCGAAGAACAAGGCGUGGGGCUGGGUGUCCUGCUGGGGUUAGGGUGGGUGCCAAAAGUUUGCACCCCCUUCCCCUUUGCGGGGUGGGGAAAGAGACUUUGGUGGGCACUGAAAGUAAGCACACCCCAUCUCCCUCCCCAGGCCAUCUUGAUUAACAUUCCACCCUCCCCUGGGCCACUUAACAAUUCUCAGGACUAAUCUCCCCUCCCAGUGAAUAAUAAUAGGUAUUUGAACUGAAAAGGAGGUGCUUGGAAAAGUCUUCCGCCCCUUCCUGAAAGCCUCCCCCUUUCUUCCUAUCUCCACCCCUCUUCCCGACCCCCCCCCCCCCCCAGGCUACUACCUCCAAUUCCCUAGAACUGCCCCCUGGGAAGGGCUGCUUGAUUUGUAUUUUUUAUAAAGAUUCUCUUAAGGCCAAA